ACAAACUAUAAAGAUAAAGAAUGUAACAACACAGCAAAUAUAUGAGUGCAUUAGCUGGAAGUGUGUCUUGGUGGAGGCACUGAACCAACUAACUAUUCAUUUAUUGGGGGUGUACAUUAAAACAAUAUUUAAAACAGUUUACACAAAAAUAUUAUUGUAUAUGGCAAAGUUUUGUUUGCAAUAACAAACCUGAUCACUCCAAAAAAAAAUAUAUAUAUAUCAUGAGGUGCCGGUUUUCUGUGCAACAAUAAGCCCAAUAUUGUAAAAGCCCAAAUACUUUUUUAUGGCCACUGCAGCUUUGCUGGAAGGAACUAAAUCUUUGAAUUCAAAAAGCCUAAUGAAUAUAUAUAUAUGUAUAUGGAUAUGUAUGUAUACAUACAUAUACAUAUGUAUGUAUAAAUAAAUAAAGCAAGCAGGCAUUGGUUCAGAUAAACAGUAUUUUUUAUUACAAUGUCAAAUUCCCCUUGCUCUUCUAGUGGAAAUUCCCUAGAUAAGCUAUAUAUAUAUCUACUCAUAGAUAGAAGCCAGACAAUCAUGCUUCGUCUUCUGAUCAUUUUAAGUUUCCUCAGAGGAGCUUAUCUUUCAGAUAUUGUAGCUCAAGGAGACACAGCUGUUUACUUCGGACAGGAUGCUUCAUUCUCUUGUGCAUGGUCAGAGGCGUCCGGUGUCAAACAAGUCACCUGGCAGCGGGUGCGUGAUACGGAACCGGUACAAACUCUGGCUACAUUCAGUGACCUCUUCAAGGAGCAUGUGGAUGAUCAAUACGUCGGAAAAGUCACUUUCACAGCAGCGUCAGUUAAUUCAACGUCCAUUGAGAUCAAAAACACAACAUUUGAAGACGAGGCUUGCUACAUUUGUUCCUUCAAAGUGUAUCCAUUCCAACCUAAACGACAAACCUUGUGCCUCACUGUUAAAGGUAUAUCAGAAAUAACAGCUUUAGUGAAUCCUGCACCCAGUUCUGAUCCAAAUGUUGUAGUCUCAUGUUCAGCCACUGGUAAACCGGCUCCAACUAUCCUCUGGAAAUCUGCAGGGAAAGAGUUGAACAACUUUUGGUCAAGUAAUUUCACGACUCUCAACAAAGACAGUUCAACCACCAUUACGAGCAACCUCACGCUUCCACUGUCACAGUUUCAUGGGAAGUACGUGGAAUGUGUGGCUCAGAGUGGCGGCAUAGAGAAGAGCGACCAAAUCUAUGUGUUUGAUGAAGAUUAUAAAGAGAAUAAAGUCACAGUAAGAAAUUAUAUAAUUCCGAUGCUGGUCUUGAUUAUCAUCAGUAUUGUCAUUUUCGUCAUCUAUCUUCACACUAAGUUAAAUGAUAAACAUCACAAAUCUGCGUAUAUGGCUUGAACUACUGUGCAACUGUCACUUUAUUCAGUAUUUAUGAAUCUUUCUGAUGCUACUUUUGUCAGCUACUAUAAAAGUCACUUCAUGUUUACAUUUGUGAAUAAGCUAAUUUUUAAAUAAUAGUAUAAAUAAUAUCUGUUCACCUGAGAACCUCUGCAUUUCUCCACAGUUUCUACAUCCUGAGUCUGCACUUUAAGUUCUUUCAACCUUGACAUUCAGUAUUAUUUACUGUUGUGAGAUUUUAAAUAAUUCUGUUACAGCUGUCUGUCUUAGAGUAAUAUGCUCAAUUUAAUUUUAAGCAGUAAAUCAUUUUGUAUUUAUUUACCAAUUCAGAACUUGUAUAUUGAAUAGAAUAGAUUUGUUUGUUUUUUGUGCAUUUAUUGUUGUUGUUGUGUGUGUGUGUGUAUGUGUAUGCAAAACCUUUUGUAUAAAUGCAUUUUGUGUGGUUUUCAACAAUUUCAUAUAUGUUGAAUAUAUAUUCUUCUUAUCUAUACUAUGUAUAGUCCCUAGGUGUCCAUAUCCAUUACUGAAACUCUUUGAGCCAGACAUGAAAACGUCUUUCCACUAAUUUACAACAAACUGACAUGCUGUUCAGCAAAGCUGCAGGUCAUCUGUCCAUAAUGCUCAAAGUUCUAUAAUAAAAUAUUCUUGUU